UUUUAUAAAAGUACAUCCAGUGUUAUUUUGGGUCGUCUAGAUCAGUCUUGUAAACGUAAUUUGAGUAAGAAUACACUCAAGAGCGAGAUGCAUGCUUAGCUGCAGAUAAAGCGUUAGCCACCAAUGCUAACGUUAGCUGCAUGCAGGAGCCCUGCAGAAGUCAAGCAUGUUGUCAAGCUAACUUUGGUUGCUGCGGGCAGGGAAAUUAUCUUCGUUUAGAGUUUUAUUCUCACCCUGUUUUGCCCUUUCAUAGCAAUGGAAGCCACGCAGGCGAUCAGUGACUCGAUCUUAGAGUCAGAGGAGGAGGAAAAUGAAGAGGAAAACCAAAACGAAAGGCAGAAGCCGUUGGCCAAACUGUGCAUCUUAAGUAAUCCACACAUCCCCGAAAUGGAGUUGCCCCUCUUCCUGGGAGAUAAUGUCCUGGGCCGUGACCCCAACAUCUGCACACUACAGUUGCUGGCGCCGUCCGUGUCCAAGCAGCACGCUACCAUCAGCAUCUCUGUUUACCAGAGAAGAGGCCGUAACAGUGACGUGAACAUGGAGGCCCUGGUUUGGGACGCAGGGAGCAUGAAUGGGACCCGUAAGGGACGCCUAAAGCUGACCCCUAAUGUACGUUAUGCCCUCAGUGAGGGCGAUACCUUGGUUUUGGGGAACAUCCCAUGUCGGUAUGUAAGCUCAAGGGGGGAUUCGGCUCCUGCCCUGGGUGACAUGGGGACAACCCCGUGGAGACAUUCGGAAGCAAACGCCAGAUUGUCAGAUUUCUCCGGCCGUAAAUGGGAUGACGUUGACGCAGGAAGCAAGAAAUGUGUCAAUAUGGGUGCAAAGGCGGAGAGGAUCCCUGUCACAGGCGGCUGCCUCUCUUUUGAGCAAACGCCGAUCCAACCGAAGGGCACCUUGGUGCCCGAAUCUGAUUCAGACUCAGAGGGUGAAGGAGGGAGGCGAGGAGACAGAAGGCAGAAAACCAUUGUGUCUGAGUCCGACUCCCACAAAUCCAGUCCCAACUCUUCUGCGUUCUUAAGUCCCAAAAACCUAACUAUACCCGAAAGUGAAGACGAAAGCCCCAUCACGCCGUCCUCCUCCAGCAGAAAUGGGUCAAACAGACGCGUCAGUUUCAGCUUGGAGACGACGAAUGUCGACCUAGCAGGACGGCGCCAGGAGAGAAUCGAGUCGCCCGUGUUCGUGGGAAACGGUGAGCAGGAAGCAGAAGAAGGAGCAGCGAAGGGAGGGACGCAUUCAGGAGAAAGCGGAACAAACGUGAAACUGGAAAUCAACGAGAGUCUGACGGGAGACGGUGGGUCGACGUCCGUCUCCCGAGACAACGUCUCUGAAUUUCACCUGGACAGCGACACCGAUGUGGAGGACGGAGAGGAAGAGGCGACACCUGCUGGGCAACCCCCAAACACAGCCUUGUCCCACAGGGACGGCGACACUGGUGUCAGUGGAGAGGUCCCGGAUAAAGCUCUGAAAGCUUUGCCUUCUACCGAUGGAAGAACAGAACCUUCUCAGGUUGCUGGUUUUCAACUUGAGGGCAUCACAAUAGACAGUGACACAGACGCAGAUGAUGAUGAUGAUGAUGAUGAUGUCUGCCUCCUAUCCAAAGCCACGUCAUGUCAGCGUGUGCAUUCUGCUGAGCCAGCCCCCUCGCCACGGUCUCAAGAUUUCCACUUGGACAGCGACACGGAUGUGGAUGAGGAAGAAGAACGGGGAAGUCCCGAAACAUUCGGUAACAAAUCCGAUAAACCUCCAACUAGAUCUGCGCCUCAAAAUCUGCACCCAGGGGAUACCUGUGACGAAGCGGAGGAUGACCCGUCCGCAGCCGGUGCACCCGCGGCCGAUCUGGAUAUAUUGUCCGACAGUGACACGGACGUGGACGAAGAGCAGCCGGUGCUUUCCGCCGCAGCACCGGCAGCCCGCCAGCCCGAUCCCAGCGCAGACAAAGAUGUUUAUGAGCCUCUGGUUUCCCAAGCUGGAGACGAGGGCGGUCCAGCUGACCUCGGAAUGGAAAGUGAUACGGACGUGGAGGACGAGGAGGUGAACCUUGUGAAGGCAGGGGAGGGCUGGAUGCCCCACCUGCCGGCAGGAAACUCUCCAGGGUCUCUGGUUCCACUUCUGCAGAACUGUUCCACUCCUGUCCAGCUUUCAGAAGGAGAGGUUGCACAAAUGGAAACUCAGGCCUUCACAAGCCCUACGUCAGGUAGAUAUGCUGUACGAACGUCUUUAAGAGCAGCGGUAAUGUCCUCCUGCUCCGACAGCCAGGAGGAUGAAGACUUUGCUGUGGCUGAGACCCAGUCCUUCAUCCUUCAGACCAGAAGUUGCCCCGACGGCUUCAGAGCGAACCUGGCGUCUGUCCUCGACUCCUCUGCUGCCAAACCCGAGGACCGGUCUCCCCGGGGAGACUCCUUCCAGCUGGGACUGUCUGACAGCAGCCACCUGCAGGGUGAGGUCAGGGCUCUGGCCAUGGAGAACACCCAAGCUUACGUCUCUGCAGAGGAUGAAGUUAACCUGGAGGAGACCCAGGCCUAUGAGGCAGGAACGGCUGCGGAGAGUGACCCGAGCCUGGAGGCCACGCAGCCCUACGGCGAGGACGAGGAGCCCGCCGCAUGUUCAGAGACGACGAAAAAAGGAGGCUGUGCUGAUCUGGCGUUUGAAGCAACUCAGGCGUAUAGCUCAGAGGCUCACGGUGAUGGUUCAGAUGAUAAGGGACAAAGUCCUGCCGGGACUGAGAGCGUGUCUCCAGCGCGUUCGUCUACGCUGGCCAUGGCUGAAACCCAGCCAGCGUUGUCGCCUGUAAAGGUUAACGAUCCGGUCUGUUCUGUCGGAGUCGUAAAAACCGGAGCGAGGAACGAAACGGCGGAGCAUCAAGGAAGGCACGUCGCCGGAGCUCCGUCAGUGGCCGAAACACAACCCAUGUGUGCAAGUGACGGCGAGGAGAGCGAGUUCCUGAAACCUGCCGGGGAGCAGAACCCCCAGAGAACGCCUUCGGCCUCGUUUCUCCCCCAAACCCAACCCAUGAGCGACAGCGAGGACGACGACGACGGGCGGCCAGCACUGUCCCUGCAGCCAGACGCCUCCUCGGCCUCGUCGCUGGCUGAAACCCAGCCCCUGCAUGUCAGCGCUGACGAAACUCAGCCGAUGGAUGUAUGCGACGGCGACGCAGGGAACGAGGACGAUGAGACGCUGCGUCCACGAAAAAGAAAAGCAAAGCAGCUUUAUGUUGGCGACAAAGAGUCGCAGCAGAACACAGACUCUGUGUCCCAGACCUCUGAAACCCAGCCUGUGGAUCCCAGUGAGGAUGAGGACGACGAUGAUGAUGAAGACUCCAUGCCACGCCUACGGAAAAGGAAAGCGAGGCCCCUUCAGCUGGAGGACGAGACGCAGACCCUCGUUGGCUCCCAAGUCUCUGCUGCUGCAUCCCAGCCUUCAGCUGCACUCGAGGAAGAGCAAAGCAGCCAAGACUUUACGGCCGCCCGGAGAAGGAAAGCGAAGCCGCUGCUCAUCGAAGACGAGCAGACUCAGCCUCUGGUCGGCUCCGAAGCUGCCGCCGUUGGGACGAGUGAGGACGAGGAGACCCGACUGGCGGCUGCCUGCGACGAUGGAGAAGGUCGGCCUGAAAGGGAAGCAAAGGCUUCGCCCUCUGCCGCUGCUGCCGUUGAAGUUCAAACGGAAGCGAGAGAUGGAAAAAGUGAUGACGAUAAGUCUGUGACACGUCCACGAAAAAGCAAAGCGAAGCAGCUUCAUCUCCAAGAAGAGGAGGAGACUCAGCCGAUAGCAGCUUCGGAAGACUCUUCAGCUGAAUGUCAGCGUAAAAGUGACCAGGAAGAGGUGAAGGCGGCGCAUCGACGGACCAGAGGGAGAGGAAACGCAAGGAAACAGGAAGACGGCGAUGAGGAGGAUGAAAACGCUAAAAAAGAAAGGCCGACAGAGGAGCGAGGAGGCGGGAAAGUCAGAGGAGAACACGGAGAAAAAGAAGAUGUCGAGCCAGAAAGACGCACCGAGAGGAAAGAGAUGAUAAACGCAACGCCAGCAAAAAGACAACAAAGAAAAAAGAACAAAUCAGGAAGCGAGAAAGAAGAUCAGAAGGAAAAAAGUUUGGGAACAACAAAGAUUGACCCAGACGAGAAACCCGAGAGGACGGAGGAGGAACAGGAACGCCGAGCAGGACUGGAGGAAGCAUCAGAAUCUAAAGAAAACCAACUCAGAGGAUCACAGGAGAACGGGGAGGAAGCGGAGAACCCAAAAGGUUCUGUAAGAGCGCGCAGGGCGGCACGGAGAACAGCUGCUGCCCCGUGUGAAGCCGGGCCUCAGCAGAACCCGGCCUCAGCGGCCAGCGAGGAUUUCCCUGCGAGGAGAACCCGAUCCCGUUCCAGCUCCUCCAACUCGGUCAGCUCGGAGAGAUCGGCCUCCGCCGCCAACGCCCAGGAGAGCAGAGGCCGAGGAAGAGGAGCGAGGAGGAGGAGCAGCAGCGAUGCCCCGCAGGCGGCUGCUGUGAGGAGCAGCCGCCGACGGACGACGGCGGCCGCAGCACAGCUGGACAGGGAAGCUCAGGUGCUCAGCGCCUCCCCCAGCUCCCAGAACAGAGGAAGAGGAGGAGGAGGAGGAGGAAGAGGGAGGAAAACAUUUUCGCACCCUGUUGUUGUUAGAGAAUGUGAACAGAAUCCAACGGUGAGGAGCAGAAAGCCAGCAGGGUCGUCCACUGAGGUUCUGCAGCACGGUAAUAAAAGAAAAGCAGAUUCUCAGCUCACCAGUACCAGUAGGGGGCAGCAGCGAGCCAGUGCCCAUGCAUCUGAAGCUUUGGUAUUAAAUAAUGAGGGGCUUGAGUCAAAUCAGGAGAAGAUAUCUGCAGAUCUAAAAUCCCCUGUGACUAUGAGGGGCAGGACUGUGAGGGGCCGAGGCUCCAAAGCCAUAAAAACCGAACCGCCAGAGGAGGCUGAAGCUCCUCCAGGAGGCGAGGCCAGGAACAGGAGAACGACCAGAACCAGUCAGGCACAAACUGAAGUGGACAGAGGACAAAAACCAACCGAGGCAGGAAGGAAAGAGGAGCAGAAGGAAGAGAUUCCUGCUGGUCUCCAGAGGAGGAGAACAAGUCGAGCUUCUAGCACUCAGGUGAAGGAUGAAGAGUCUCUCCCUGAAAUGGAGGAAGGUGAUGGGAAGACGGUGGUGGUGGCGGUGGGGGCUGCUGAGAAGAGAGCCAGGGGUCGAACAGCCGUGGUCCGGAAAAAUAAAAACCAGGCGCUGCAGGAAACUCAGACAUCAGGUUCUUCCUUGGAUCAGGAUGGAAACGAGGAAACGUCACAGAUCCCGGCCAUGACUCCUUCCCGGAAGCGACGGGUGUCCUCAAACUCCUCCCCUGUGGCAAAGACUCCCCGCUCCUCCUCUGCGUCUCCGGCUACGAUUAGCCGACUGCGAGCUGGGAGCCAAGCCUACAAGGUUCUCUUCACCGGGGUGGUGGAUGAAUCUGGAGAGCGGGUGCUGAACCGGCUGGGGGGCGCCAUGGCCAAAGGUGUCUCCGACAUGAACUGCCUUGUGACCGAUAAAGUGCGAAGGACCGUCAAGUUCCUGUGUGCCGUGGCUAAAGGCGUCCCGGUCGUCACCACGCAGUGGCUGGAAAAGAGCGGUAAAGCCGGGAGCUUCCUCUCUCCGUGCGGUUUUGUUGUGAAAGAUCCGGAGCAGGAGAAGAAGUUCGGCUUCUCCCUGCAGGAGUCUCUGAGGACUGCAAGUGGCCAGCCUCUCCUGCAGGGAUACGAGAUCCACGUCACGAAGUCGGUAAAGCCGGAGCCGGUCCACAUGAAAGACAUCAUCACCUGCAGCGGCGCCACGUUCCUGCCAAAGAUGCCCACGGUUCACAAGCCUCGGACCGUAGUGAUUUCCUGCGAGGAGGACCUGCGACUGUGCGGCCCCGCCGCUUCUGCGUCGCUUCCCGUCGUCACGGCCGAGUUCAUCCUCACAGGGAUCCUGCAGCAGAAAGUCGAUUUUGAGGCUCAUGCACUUUCUGCCCCGGCAGCCGACCCGCCGCCUGCUGAGGGCCGGGGAAGAGGCCGAAAGAAGCCUUAGCAACAAAUACUAAAAACACAUUUGGGGUUGUAGGUCUCUAUUAAGAUUAAGGUUCCAGACCUUUUUGUCUGUGUGAAGGACUUCUGAAUGUAUUUACCGUCAAGUGCGAAUGCAAGCAAAGUUUCUAACUACAGUUUUGUUGCUUUUAGGCAUUUGUCAUUCUUCCCGUUAGCUGACGAGUUUUAAAAUUCACUCCCGGAGGCCGAAACGCGCCUGUGAAACGGAUUAUGGAGAGAGGAUGGGGGGGAUGAAAAUGUCGCCCCUGCUUCGGAAGUCUAGUUUCAUUUUUAGCUCCUCAUCCUUUUGUAGGUUUUAGCAGCGACAAGCGCGGCUGCCGCCUCAGAGGCAGCGAGUUUUCAGGCAGUUUUUUUUUGUCAGGUAUCAACCAUGAAGUUGGAGAUGUUUGAAUCAUGUUCCUGCGUUAGAGCGGUUGUGCUCGAAGGCUCUUUAUUGAAAUCUAUCCGCUCCCGACGUCCGUAGAUGCAACAAGCUUGUUUCCCUCGCUGAUAAAGAAGUACUCAGUGCCUUUUAUACCUCGGAUGACCAACACACCAGUGUGUCUGUGGCUCCUUUCUCCAUUAAGCAGCUCCACUCCAUUAAGGCGUCAUUCAAUCCGAUCGCCUGGAGGGAGGGAUGCACACCGUGUUGUCUUCCUGCUGCUCAUCCUGCUUCUGCAGCAACAUUUCAUCCUGUUUGUUCAUCACACACCGUCACUGCUUGUGAAGGUCCGCCGGUGUACGGAGGUCUGGCCGGGUCUUUGAUCUGACCUGCUGUGGAUGGGCUUUCAAAGACGGAAUCAAAACCAUGUUUCUGUGGAGCUGUUUCCUUUAUCUGUGACUCGACAACGAUUGUAUUGAAUAAUGAAAACCUUAAUUAUUUUGUAUGUAUUGGAGUCGUCUGCAUUCGCUCUCCUUUCUGUAUGUUGUUGUCAUAAAUAUCUCACUUGUGUCUCAUCUCAA